AUGUACAAUCUUGCUACUAACGCAGAUGUUGCCGAGCCGUACUAUUUCAACCGAAGUCAUAGAGUAUAUGACGAAGAAACAGGUGGAUUGCCCCUACCCAGAACAAGAAAAACGAACAAUAACGUGGCGACAGAACCACGCUGCUGUAGUUUCUGGAGCUUCUUUCGUGGGACCAUCAUUUGGUCAUUAAUCGUGCUCCUUCUCUUCAUGAUGAUUUGUGUCUAUGAUCACAUGUUUGCAAAGCCACGAUUCGAAGAUGCUCUAUGGCUUCUCGAGAAAGCAAAACGAACAUAG